AUGGAAGAGGAUGACACGGGUGGUACGGAGCGGCAGCUCAUCGAGGAUGAGCUCGCCAGGAAGCAAGCUGAGCUUGAGGAACUGGAGCAGAUGCGGCGAGAGGCUGGUUUUACACCGCGCACCUCGCUGCGCCGCACCCCCCGCAAGGGUUUAGCACACCCUCAGUUCAACAAAGCACCUCUACUGCUGCAGCUUCUAUACCGACGGCCAAAAGGGUGUUAA